AUGUUUAAUCCGUGUGUAAGUGUUGGAUUUGGUUAUGAUAAUGUCAAUGAUGACCACAAAGUUAUUCAAUGUGUAUAUUACGUUCAACAUACAUUUUACUGUGAUGAUUAUGGUCCAUCAAUUUGGCAAAUUUAUAGUCUAAAAAGUAAUUGUUGGAAGAAACUUGAGCUUUUUGACAUAGAAAUAGACCAAUAUUUACAUCAAGGUUUUGUAAGGUACUUGAAUGGAGUAUGGCACUGGAGGGGUAGGGAGUAUUGGAAAAGGGGUUGGCGCAACGGAGAAGAGGUAAUUGUGUCAUUUAACCUCAGCACUAAAACGUUUCAAACUACAUCGAUUGCUUGGCUGCAAAGUAAUUAUGGUCGCUUCCUUACCAGAGCAUUGGUAGUGCUCAACGAGUCUCUUGCUCUGAUAUCCUCUUUUGUUGAGAAUAGUCGGAUUGAAAUAUUCAUUUUGGGUGAAGUUGGUGUAGAAGAAUCUUGGGUGAAGCUUUUCACAAUUGGACCCUUUCUAAAAGUUGAUCUUCUAAUGGAAAUAGGCAACAAAUGUGAUGUAAUAUUUUAUAUCAGAAGCUAUAACGAUGAAUUGGCUUCUUUUGAUGUCAUCACAAGCAAAGUAGCUCACAAUAUUGGUAUCAAAGCAGGCUUACUUGAAAUUUAUUGCUUGAACAAGAUAAUGGACAAGGAUAAGGCGCAUUUCUAG